AUGCAAAACUCAACAGUAAACUUCAGCACAUCUGGAGCAUCUACCAACAUCAUAACUUAUUCAUUCGGACAAAUAGGCAAUCUGGAGAUUUGUGUCUACAGCUUAAGUCUAUUGUUUGGUCUUCCGACACACUCCUAUGUGAUCUGGCUCAUCAUGACGGGAUCUAAAAGUCGAAUUGCAUCCGAGUGUUUCUUCCUCAACUUGUCUGCCUGUGAGAUUGGAAUCUGUCUGGAUGGUCUUUUCUUUGUACUGACAAAAUGUGUUUCAGUUCUCUCCCAUUUAUCAGUGUUUUUACAAGGAUUAGCUAUCACCGGCCGUCCUCUGUUUGAGUGUCUGAUCUGUCUCGAGCGUUACCUGGCAGUGGUUCAUCCUGUAACCUUUCUGAAGUACAAACCUCUCAGAUACAGACUCAUGUGUUCAGCCGCUGCCUGGUUCAUUUGUCUCUGCUCCUGUUUGUGCUGCACACUCAUUUUAACCUUAUAUACUACUGAGAUUUAUACAUGUUUCUACUUGCAACAGUUUUUUUUCAUCCUCUCCAUAAACCUGUUCUGUUGUGUGGCUGUUCUCAGAGCUCUAAAGCAGUCAGGACCAGGAGAGAGAGGGAGAGAGAGAGAGAGAGAGGAGGAAAACCACAUGAAGAAAAGAGCGUUUUAUCUUAUUUUUAUAACUACCGUGAGCAUGAUCAUCACCUACGUACCAUAUAUCAUUUUGGGAAUCUCUUUUAUUUUGAAAACACCGUUUAUUUAUGGAUUCUGGUUUGCUGGUUUGAUUUGUUUUUUUGUGGGUGGUUUUGUACACCCUGUUCUUUAUCUGCACCGUGCUGGAAAACUCUCUCGCAUCUGUCCUCCCAUGUAA